AUGAUCGUCUCCGAGGCACUUGCGAAGGUUCAACUACUUGCUGCAGAGGAAUCGGCAGGAAACAAAGAUGCCCAUCCAGAGCUGCUCAAAGCAAUUCAUGAAUUGCAGCUGACUGUGGAGACACCCCUUGAGACUACGUCUCGCCUCAACUUUCAGAUAAUGCAAAAUAUCUCAACUAGAGUCGCUAUCGAGCAUCAAUUCCUGCAUGUCCUUGUCGCUCAGGAUGGAAAUCCAGUUUCUGCGACAGAGUUAGCCAAAGAGACGGGAUCAGAUCUUCUACUCAUUAUUCGAAUAAUGCGCGUCUUAUCGGCUAUUGGUCUUUGCGAUGAAGUUGGUAACCAACUUUACGCUGCCAACGAUAAAACUCGCUUCAAGAUCCUUCCAGGAUCAAUCGCUGCCGAGAAGCAUCACUUUGACUUGGAUUUUGGAAUGGGAGGAAGAUUGGUUGACUACAUGCGUGGACCUGGAAUACAGCAAUUCGCAGACGACCCAGGCGCCGUCACUCUCUUCAAAUAUGCACAUGGAACCGAUGUGAUCUUCGGUCUUCUGGAAAAGCAUCCUGAACAAAAACAAGCUUUUGACGAUUACAUGGCCGCACGCCGUAUCGACUAUAUGCCACAAUGGUUUGAAAUUUUCCCAGUAGCGGAGCGCUUGGGCUCCCUUCGAGAGGACCCUAGUGCAACUCUAAUGGUUGAUGUAGGAGGAGGUCCAGGACAGGAGCUGUCGAGAUUCAAGGAGCGAUAUCCUGAGCUCCCGGGCAGAUUUGUACUGCAAGACCUCCCACUGACACUGAAGCGCAUCGAGAAGCUACCCUCUGGUAUUGAGGCUGUAGAAUAUGACUUCUUUACCCCUCAGCCAGUUAAAGGCUCUCGGCUAUACUUCCUGCGAGAUGUAUUGCACAAUUGGUCCGAUGCUAAAAGCACUCAGAUCCUCUCUAGGAUUGUGGCAGCCAUGGAUCCCGAAUACUCUACUUUGAUAAUUGAUGAUUAUGUUCUUCCUGAUACGGGAGCCGACCUCAGGGCGGCUGAAAUGGAUAUUCUCAUGUGGCUUCACACAGCAGGGCUUGAAAGAACAGUAUCUCAAUGGAAAAAUCUUCUUGGCACUGUAGGCUUGGAGCUGGUCAAAAUCUGGAGCUCCCCGCGAGGAAAGGAGUCAGUGUUGGAGACACGAGUACGACGCAGGUAG